UAAUUAAUGAAGUGAAAUUCAAAAUGAAUUUAUUGACAGACUGCAGAAGCCCACAUACAGUAUGUUAUCAGCUUCGGGGUGUGCAGAGAUGCUGUAACUGGAAGUUCUGUUUUUGUUUUGGAGAAACUGGAAAAGCAUUAAGUGACGCAGAGGAAUGACAGUCAUCAUGGUGAAGGCUGGUGCGGUGACUGCACCGUCUUCACAGACAGUAGUGAGGCAUGUGUUAGACUAGUUCCUCUGUGGCUCACUGGUGCACUGCAGGUGAUAGCAGAAUAACCCUGUGAAGACAGUGGAGAGAAUGACAGCAGUGAGCUCAUGCAGGAGAACCAGUUUGAUACACAUCGCAAUGACUGGAAUGGCUAACCCUUUACCCUAUCUCCAACACAUUUCUGUUGUGUAUGGAACCUUUCACAAAAAAUAUGCAGACAAACACAACCAAAACCGUCUGUCACACACCAUGUUAACAUUAUAUUCUGCACUUCAGUAUAAUGGAGGACUCCCAACCUCUGUUGAGGUCUGAGGAGAGGAGGCAAAACUGCCACUACAGAUGGAGCACUCACACUCUGGAGUCGAAGGUGGUGGAGGAUUUCAGACGAAGACUCAAGUACUUCUUCAUGAACCCCUGUGAGAAAUACAGAGCCAGGGGUCGCAAACCUUGGAAACUGAUGUUACAGAUAGUAAAAAUCGCCAUCAUCACAAUCCAGUUAGUGUCUUUUGGCCUGAGCAACGAAAUGAUGGUCACCUUCAAAGAUGAAAAUCUGAUGACUUUCAGACAUCUUUUUCUCAAAGGAUACAAAGAUCACCGGCUGGGAAGCUAUGCACUUUACACGAAAGCAGAUGUGUAUGAUCACAUCGACUACAUUAUCAACAGGUACAUCGAUCUCCAGAACCUGACUGUAGGUAAUCUUGCAUAUGAGAGGGCUGAUAGCGAGUGCACUCCUUUGUCUGUCUGUCAAGAGUUCUACAGAAACAGCAGCAUUGAUCCUGGGAACGGAACCUUUGACAUUGAUCCACAUAUUGAUAAAGAUUGUAUUUCCAUAUACCCUGCACAGUUGUUUGGCAACCGCAGUUUGGCCACUCACUUCAACUUCUCUUUAGAUUUCAAAAGGCUGCUAUCAGUGAACAUCUACCUAACACUGAAAACCAUCAAUCUGCAGACGGUGCGGCACCAUGAGCUACCAGACUGUUAUGACUUCCAUAUAAUGAUCAUGUUUGACAACCGUGCACACAGUGGAAAGAUAAAAGUUGAUGUUAAAAAUGAUGUUAGAAUUUACGAAUGCAGGGACUGGAACGUGGAAGGCACCUCUGGGAAGAAUGAUUAUCUCCUCUUGUGGUUUGACUCUGUGGUCAUCCUCGCCUGUUUCACCUCUCUCGUCCUCUGCACUCGAUCCGUCAUCAAUGGCAUCCAACUCCAGUUUGAGUUCAACAUAUUCUUCCAUGCAUACUACAAUAAAAUUGUCACUUGGUCAGACCGCAUGGAGUUUGUGAAUGGCUGGUAUAUCCUCAUCAUCGUCAGCGACACAUUGACCAUCGCUGGGUCAGCGCUUAAAAUUGGAAUUCAAACAAAGUUCCUAACAAACUAUGAUGUCUGUAGUAUCUUGCUGGGAACAGCCACCAUGCUUGUCUGGGUUGGUGUGAUUCGUUACCUUGGUUUCUUCAGGAAAUACAAUAUCUUAAUCUUAACCCUGAGAGCGGCGUUGCCGAAUGUGAUCCGAUUCUGCUGUUGUGCGGCCAUGAUCUACCUUGGGUACUGCUUCUGUGGUUGGAUAGUGCUUGGCCCUUACCACGACAAAUUCCGAACACUCGACAGGGUGACAGAGUGUCUCUUCUCUCUCAUCAACGGCGACGACAUGUACGCCACCUUCCUCAACAUGAGAGACAAGAGCUACAUGGUGUGGCUCUUCAGCAGAAUCUACCUCUACUCCUUCAUCUCCCUCUUCAUCUACAUGGUGCUCAGCCUGUUCAUUGCUCUCAUCACUGACACCUACGAAACCAUCAAGCAUCAUCAACAAGACAAGGUGCCAGUGUCCCAGCUGCAGGCCUUCAUAGCAGAGUGCAGGGACCAGCCUGAGUCUGGAAGAUACCAGACGGAUGAAGAGCCAGCGUCCUGCUGCCUCUGUCCAUGCUGCUGCUUUGGAUGAUGUGAGGAGAUGUAGCAUGAGCCUAUGCCAAGUAUUGGCCGAGAGGUAGCAUCUUACUUAAGCAGAAGUUUUACUGGACUUGCUGAAAACAACUGUAAAGUAAAAUACAAAAACUUUUGUUGAAGACUGCUUUAUGGUCACCUUAAAAGUAACAAUGUCAGUAUUAAUAUGCAUUACCAACCAUUUCCUCUUCAGUGCAGUGGUGGAUAACUUUAUACUUUAUAAAGAUUUCUCAGAUUUUUACCUUAAGAAGAAAAAAAACCUCCAAUGCAAACUUAAGAGGACUUUUGUCCCGACUGCACAAUAAUAACACAAGUGCGCAAGCGGUAGAGUACAGUACUUCAAAAAUCUAAAUGAAGGUUUACUGGUUUUAAAAUCAAACUUACCCUGAAUGUACUGAAACAAAGCUACUCAGUUACAAUAAAGCAAACUGUAAUUUGUUGAUUUUCUUCUGUUGUACUGUAUGUGUUGUAGGCCUACUGUAAAUAUGUUUUGUGCAUAUUUUCUGUAUACUAUACUGACAUAUGAACUAUAUGGAUUACCUCAAUGGUUUUACUUGCUGUUUCUAUUUAUUUUUUGCACCUCUGACCAGAUGACCAAAUUUUCUUUAUUUGCCAAUUAAGUUGAUUCUGACCUACGUUCUGAUCAUAUUCUAUAUCCUAUUCUAUUAUGUCUCAACAUUUUACUUUCACUGAAGAAAAUAAAAUGUAUCCCACAGUAGUGCCUAAAACUUUUGGACAGUA